CGGAAUCUGUUUUCGUAGAGCUUGCAUCAUCUUGUCAAAGAGGAGACAGACCAAGAAGAAGAAGCAGAAGUAGAGAUGGAUUUUUGUUGUGAAAGAGCGAAGCGAAGGUGGCUUGUCUCGAGGUUAUGGAGGAGCAGCACUGAGAGCGCCUGUUGAAAUUCGCAAGGCCAGAGUGUUGGAAUAAGUUUCGGAUGCCAUGUGUUGUAAUCGUUGUUAUUAAUAUCCAUCUUCUUCUUCUUCUUCUUCACCGGGAAACCUAUCCAAGAUAAACGAUAUAGAAAAUGGUGCGUGUGGGUGUGCGUGUGCGGGCAAUGGUCAGGGGAGGUUUGCAGCUGCGGAUGAUGAGAUCAAUCGCUCCUGAAGAGUUUGGACAAGACUCAGAAAGAGAGGCCCGGGUUUCGUGCACGCAAGAGGAAGGAGGAGGAGGAGGCCUGGAGUGGAAUGAUCCCAUGCUGUAAUUAUUUUUUUCCUCGACGAUGCCAUGAAUGCCCUGAUUAGCAAAUUCAUCCAAAGACGUAACGGUCAAAGCAGAGCAGAUUCGACGGAGAUUGUUUCCAUCAGGAAAAUCGCCGUCCCAUCCGUGUCGUUGGUUUGAAAACCGACGACUGGGAUGAAUUCGACGUUCCUUGUUGUGGUUUGUCGACUCUCGGCGGGAAGUCGAGUGUGGCACACAUGUUUGAUCAAACAUGGGGGAUCUCUGCGAGGGUUUUGUUGCGAUGAUCCGGCGUCGGGGUUCAUUGUCCAGCAUUGCAGAUUGGAUUCAUGGCCUGAAGGUUGAAGUGGAUUGCAAGGGCAUGGGUGGAAGCAUGGAUUUUCUAGAAGUAGGGAACCUUGAUUUUUUCAAUGAUUUUCUCGCGUAUUGUGGCGUCGCUUGAGGUCGUGGGAGCUGAUUCGAUGCUGAUGCGGAGGGCUGGAUUCAAAGAGACUACUGCUUCACACGAGGAUCACUUGACGCUUGUGCAGGUCAAUAAUCCAUUGAAACAAUUCUUGGUCUAUGAGAGUAUACUGAAGAAGGUGGCAGGAAAUCAGGGCAUGAAUGAGAAACGGUUCAAACAUAUGUCUUUCACCAAGUUGGACAAAUCUUCCUUUCAAGGUUGUGGCGAUCGCCAAGAGUCGUUUGUUCAGCAUAGCAGUGUGGGCUCUGAAAAUAUUCUAACAACAAUGUGCUCCGACGGAAGUACAAAUAGCACCAAUAAUUCGUCCUCCUUUUUGAGUCCCACUCUCAGCUUUGGACUUUUAGAGAGAAGCGCCAGUCCUGUCGAGUCUGAGGAGCUACAGAAGCAAAGUCACAAUCAAGCGCCUGUUGGAACUGCACCCGCAAACUGCUUGAGUACCACUGCAAUCAACCUGGUGGAUGCGAGAGAGAUUUGCGUGACAUCUCGAGAGUUGCAUGAUUAUAGUUGUCAUAUUCUGGGACCCGAUACAUUGAGUAACAAAGUAGGAGAAGAAGUAGGUUCGCUGAUUGGAUCAUCAAUAGGAGAGAAUUUAUGUCCGGGGAAAAAGUUGGAUACGAACGGAGUGGUUUGGAACUCAAUUGAGGCUGGGGGAGGAAGUCCUAUCCAAUUUUCAAAAGCUCAGCGUAUCUCUUUUCUAGAAGAAUUACGAAGAGUGGCUGCUUCAUUUGGACAAAAAGCGCGACUUCUCGAACAGGAUUCUAGAGACCUUGCAAGUGCAGUAGUCAAUGUACAGAUUGAAGAGAGAAUGGACCUGCACUUGAUGCCCAAUACUACUGCGUGUCAUGUCGAACCAGAUAAGCAUGUGGUCCGUGUGUUCUAUGAACAGGCGUCAUCUGAAGAUUCUGAUCCCCUCGGAUUCAAUUCUGAUAAUUGUGCUCUGGCGAGUGCCGAUGAAGAAACUGCUGGUAACUUGAGCACAAGUCAAAGUGAGGAUGUAGGGUUAGACGAACUUCAAGCUAGCUCUACUAACGAAUAUUUAAAACCACUAGCAAGGGCAUGCAAAUCAAAACCUGCCAUUGUGGAUUAUGAAUCGCUUCCCCUGAUUAUCACGUCGCAAAUCGCCGCACAGAAACAAACUUUAACGGUCUGGAAAGAUCCCCUGUCAAGUGACGGGAUUGUCCGUGUGAAUUCGAAAAAGCUCUGUACGAGUAUGGUGUCUGUAAAGGACGCAAAAGUGGCAUGUAGUUCUCUGUACUCACAAGAUUACAAUGCACACAAGGAAAUAGGAGGACAAAGAAAAGGGAAGAGGAAGUGGUGCGAGGAAAAUACACUGAUGAAAGUGAGAUGGGGAACCAAGCCAGACGGUGGUCUUGCGUCUCCAUUGUUCCCCUCUAACUACAUGGAAGUGUGCUUCGAGUGCAAAGGCUCCCUUAAUUCAGCGGAAAAGGUGGUUUGCUCACGUAAUGAUUGUGACCGUGUCUACCACUUCAGCUGCACAGUUGAUCUUUCUGAUGUCUCAUGGAGCUGCGAAGGCAAACUAGUCUGUCCUCAACAUGUAUGUUAUGCAUGUGGUAAAAGUCGUGGAGCUAAGUUAUGGCGCUGCCAAUAUUGCUCACUUGCUACUCAUGAAAGUUGUAUCCCAUGUCCGGAGGUCACAACUCUCUUCCACAACAAGCCAGGCUGGGCCAUAUGUUGGCGACAUGGCUCGGAUAUAGAUAAUAAGCUGAAGACGCCUACAUGGGAUUGUCAGGAUAUUUUUCGUCACUUACCAGUACCAGAGGUUCAACAGGAAUUCAGCCUGGCACCUGAGUUUAUAAAAGAGGUGAUGGAGAACGACAGAGAACCACCCCCUUACUUCUUCAUCAGGCGCAAUGUCUUUUUAAUAAAGAAGAAGCGUGAUGAUGCGGAUGAUGGUGUUGGCUGCUCUUGUCAAUCAGCACAGGAUGUGUGUGGAGACGAUUGUGAAUGCAGGGUGCAGAGUAUGAGUUGCUCUAAAGACUGUAAAUGCUCAGAUAAAUGCUGCAACAAACCGUUUCGCAAAGACAAACGUCUCAAAGUUUCCAAGACAGCGCACUGUGGUUGGGGUGCUUUUACGAGCGUGGCUAUCAAAAAAGAUGAAUUUGUCAUCGAGUACACUGGAGAAGUUAUUGACGAUGCAAUGUGUGAAAAGCGACUGUGGGAGAUGAAGGGGCGACGAAGCAUUUGCAAUUUCUAUAUGUGUGAGAUUGCUAAAGAUUUCAUCAUUGAUGCUACUAGGAAGGGCAAUGCUUCUCGCUACCUCAACCACAGCUGUCAACCCAACUGCAGGCUUGAGAAAUGGCGUGUGGACGGUGAAACGAGAGUGGGUGUUUUUGCUGGGAGAAACAUUAUCGCUGGCGAAGAGCUCACUUAUGAUUACAAAUAUGUGGAGUUUGGGCCUAACGUCAAGUGCCGCUGCGGAGCUCCCAACUGUCGUGGUGUUAUUGGGGAAAGACUUAUCAGUAACCGAAAAUCCAACAACAAUUUUCCAAUUAAAUGGGGUGCUCAACACAAGCGAUCUCGACACAAGCGAUCAUUUUCAGUUGAUGAAGACACAAUGUUCUAAUUUUGAUUUGUGAGCAUACGAAACUGGUUUUAUUAGUGAGAUAAAUUCAUAAGCAUUUUUAGACUCGAAAGGUUUUCAAAUUGUUCAUUACAUUGUUAACUAGUGGUUUUCACUUGCUCUCCGGCCAAGUGGGUCGAAAGUUGACUACAAUCUAUUUUCUUAUGAAGCUGUACAGUGCUCAAGAAAUGGAAAUUCGACUGAAAUUUUAAUCCUGAAGUUCAA